AUGGCCAAAGCCGACGUGCGAAGGGACUAUUAUGCAGACCUGGGGCUCGCCCCCAGCGCGGAAGGAGAGGAUAUCAAAAAGCAGUUCAGAAAGCUAGCGCUCAAAUACCACCCUGACAAGAAUCCCGGGAAGGAGGCAGAGUUUAAUGCCAAGUUCCAGGCCAUCAAAACCGCCCACGAUCUUCUGAGUGACCCCCAGCAACGCCUCAAGUACGAUACAGAUCGAUUGCGCGCUGGUUACGGCAAGGUAUCCGGGCCUCCAAAGACAAAUACCUCGCGGAGAGCACAGCCACAGCCAACUGCCUUCAGACCUACUCCUCCACGACCCCAAUAUAAUCCGCCACCUUUUACGAAACCGCAACCCACGUCAAAUGGACCGUCCUCAGGCGCCAAGCGGUACGAAGCACAUGCCCGUGCGGGGCCAACGUCAUGGCACAAGCCACGGGAUGAGGGUCAAACAAGAGCAGAUGCGUUUAAAGGGUUCUCAGGAAUGAGGGGCGCCGCCGGCUGGCGAGGAUUUGACCCAAAUACGGGAGGUUCAACCGCCGGAGGAACACCAAGACAGCAGAAUCAACCCUUUGGAAAACCACGACCUCAAUCCGCCUACGAGCGCUUCCAAGAAAGUUACCGAACGCAGAAUCCUUCCUCAACCCCUCAUUCACCCAAGAAGAGGAACGGAUAUGCCCCUGGGGCCUCAGGAGAUGACGAACCCAUGGCCCGAAAUACCUCGGCGUAUACCAGCUCCAGCCGGCCAAGCAGCAUGUAUUUCGAUUCUCCUCCACGAGCGCCCACGGCAAAGAAACCAGUGGUUCCCGAUCUACCACAGUUCCAUCCCGAGUACGAACGUGCCAGUAGCCGCUAUGCGACGGCAGGUGGCGAGAAGACAUUCUUUACAAGCUCCGGGCUUGGACGUUCGUCCACUGUACGCACUCCAUCUGGAGGCUACCGAACCUCCAGUGCACGCACAAAUCCACCCAGUCCGACUCCUAGCCAACACGGACGUCACCGUAGUGUCAGUCCGAAGAGCGGACGCAAUCGGGAAUAUUCAGUCUCAGAAACCUCUAGCGACCUAGACGAUGACGAAGAGGAUAUUCCCGAACCUCAGCCUAAACCGAAGGCCGUACCCAAGAGUCGAAUGCGCCACCGUCAGAAGUUUCCUGAUCUCUACGGCAAUGAUUCGAGCUCCAGCACUGGUGAGGACCCUCGUGCCCGACAAGGCCAAAAACACUCCAGGCUGUCGCCGUCUCCGGAAGGAUUCUGGAAAUACCGAAGAAACUCAGGAUCCCAGGAUGGAAAUGCUGACUUAAACCGUAAUCAAGGCCAUAAUUCCGACAGUGCAGCUUUCCCCAAGGGCCAGCAAGGACCAUUCAGCAACCCUGCUUCACGGUAUGACGCUCUUCGUCCCCACCCUUCAAGGAAGUCAAACUCAUCAUUUUUCUAUAUGUACAGCCCUGAUUCAGCUCAAAGCAAGCCAACCUCCCAACCAAUGUUCGGGCGAGACAGUCCCAGUAACUUACACAAGAAGUUUUCUGAAGAGGACUGGAGAGAACAUAUUAACAAGUUCGAUUUUCUCGGUGCCCACGCCACGAGCAAAGACGCAUUUCGCUCAUCAUCCAAGGGCAGUGCGGACAGGGAGAAGACAGCAAAGUUAUACCGUGACUUUCAGCCGCGGAAAGCAGAAAACUAUUCGCAUCCAAAAUUUGCAAACAUGUCAAUAGAUGACCUGACGCAACCCCCACAAGUAAAUCCAUUGCGUACCUCGCCUGUCUCGCAAAGCCAGGGCAGGGCAACAAAUUCCACUGGCUCGGGGUCAUCGAGGAGAGAGACUGGCCGGCCUGGUCUUGACUCAUUUGCACCAACGACAGGAACUGGACCUCAACCACAGGCACAGCCGCAACAGGCGCCAACACCAUUUGCACAAGCGAAGUUUUCAGCUGAGCAGUGGAGCGAACAGCUACGAAAUAUUCCCUGGAAUCCAUCGGAUACUCACAAACCCCGACAAGCAAACACCCCACCUUCACGGAGCCCCAAGAAGCCGCCGGCAAAAGUGACGACCGAGGCCGAAGAAAACAAAGGAACAACCAAUGGCGAUACUCCCUUGGAGUCAACACCGACCCCGCCUAUUGAGGCCGAGGUCGAGCCUGAGGCCAUGGAUCUUGAUGAUGAAAUCCCCGCGGUUCAUCCAACUGCAUCAUCCGCCUCAGGGCAUGGUUCUGCUAGUGGGUCGGCAAACACAAGCUAUCCGGAUCUAAAUGGAAACGCUGCAGGAAGUGAUUCAGGCGCAUCGAAGCAAACCGCAAUGCAUCAUACAGUAAAUGGCGCAUCCAAGGCAGAGACUCGCACGCCUCUGUUUAAUCUGGAUAAUCUUCGCAACACGGCACCAUUUACCAGCACUAACAGCGGUGGUAUCGAAAACCUGGAAGACGUCUUCGCGACCUUACCAUUCGAGUCGAAGGCAAGACAGCAGGCAACCACGAAAGAAGAAAUCCAACCACGGAAGCUCGAGCUGCCCAACCCGCCCAAGCGACCCCGUGCACCUGAUCUCGUCCUUCAACCGGGUUCGCAAACCCUCAUGCUCUCUCGCGAUAAAUGGAAUUAUUACGUGUCCACUAUGGGCAGCUAUAUGCACGACUGGAAUAUUUUCAAUCGACGCAUGCUGCUGCAUUUCAAUACCCGGCAGGAUGCCAUCGAAACAGGCCUCGCUCCGGGCUGGAUAAGUGCUGUGGGCGACACAGCACGUCUACGAAUGAAUGGUGCGGACGGAGAUGCAACCCCGGAAAAGAGCCAGGGUCAUGCGGAAGUUGAUGAGGCGGAUAUUGAUGAUUUGGUUCCUGAUCGUCGAACCGGUGGGUACAGUGCGUACCUGCGAGGCAUUGAAGAGGAUGUCCAGGUACGGAAGCACUGGGAUGUGGCUUGUGAGUUGCACCGCGAGUGUAUCGUUGAUCUGGGACGACUUCGGGAGUGGAUCCGCAGAGGAGGAAAAGUGAUUUGA